AAUUUGUCUCUUCGUUUCAUUCCAUAUAUAUACAUACAUUAAUUGAUCAUAUUUAGAAACACAAAUUAAGGAUAUCAUAUAUAUUAAAGAUCAUGAUCCAAGAAAGUAUUGUGAUACUAUUGUCCUUACUAUUAAUUGUGCCAAUAAGUUGGGCAAUUAAUAAUCCAUUAAUAGAACUUUCAAGUAGAGAAGAAUUGGCUAAGAUAGCUGGUUAUGGUGAAGAAAAACUCUCUACUGUUUUCCUCCAUGGUACUCUUCUUUGUGGUCACACGCCAUAUCCAGUUCCAGGUGCAUCUGUGGCGGUGUUUUGCGGAACUAGUGGGCCGGGUCGGGUAAGGAAAUCAUCAUGGGCCAAAAAUGUAACAAAUGAAAGUGGAGAGUUCAUAAUAGAUGUCCCUUCUCAUCUCCAUGCUAAUAUUCAUGAUCCAAAUCUAUGCCAUAUUCAAAUUCUUCAUCUCCCAAAGGACUACUCACAUUGUCAUCAUCAUUCUUUUACAAAAAGGAAAACAUUCACACUAACAUCGUCCAAUAUUGGCGUUCGCGUUUAUACGACUCCGACAAUUUACCUGACCCCGAAAGCUAGCUCACGAGUAUAAUCCAUGAUAAGAGAAGAAGAAAAGGGAUGGCACAAUUUCUUGAGAUGGCGCUUUAGUCACACACAUUGAGUUGUGCACUCGUGAUGCAUGUUAAAAUUUUAUCAAUGUACAAUUUUUGUGUAGCUUCAAAUUAAGUGUGUUGUUAUUGUGUUUA